CAGGACGUGUUGGAAGACGAAGAAUUGCAUAUGGAUCGGAUGUUCAAAUUAUCUCUGGUUCAAGAUCUCGUUCAGGGUAUCCACUACAUCCACAACAGCAAUGUUCACUACCAUGGAAACUUGAAGACAUCUAACUGUGUCGUCGACAGUCGGUUCGUACUCAAGUUAACCGACUUCGGUAUCGAAUCUCUCAAGAGAUGUGACGAUGCCGACGCUGACGAUCCGAAUAUUGCUUAUAAGAAACUGUUAUGGACGGCUCCUGAACUCCUGAGGGCGAGUGAGUGUGCCGACCUCCAAACGUACUACGUCCAGCAAAAAGGGGAUGUCUACAGUUUUGCAAUCAUCUGCCAAGAAAUAAUUCUUCGUAACGGAUCAUUUUAUGUGGAGAACGAAGCGUUCGAAAUGGUGCCGAUGACUCCGAAAGAAAAAGUCCUGAAAGUAAAGUCCCACCCCUCACCUCCCAACCCCCCAUUUCGACCGACCCUGCCGGAAACGCACGACUGCCCCACAGCCCUGACCAACCUCAUCAAGCAGGGCUGGGCCGAAGACCCAAAGCAGAGGCCCGAUAUCAGAGCUAUUAAGAAUAGCAUUAGGAGUAUCAAUAGAGAGGCAGGUUGUUCGGGCAACUUGGUGGACAACCUACUGGUCCGUCUGGAAAACUACGCCAGAAACUUGGAAGAACAAGUGAAGGACAGAACAGCCGAUUACUUGGAAGAGAAGAAAAGGGCAGAGGAUUUGCUCUACCGCAUGUUGCCGCAAUCAGUAGCUCAGAUUUUGAUGAGGGGCGAGAAAGUUGAGGCUGAGAAGUUCGAGAGUGUGACCAUCUACUUCAGCGACAUCUGCGGCUUCACGAAACUCUCGUCUGACAGUACACCGAUACAGGUGGUCGUUCAUCUACUGAAUGAUUUGUACACAACUUUCGACGCCAUUAUCGAAAAGUGGGACGUCUACAAGGUGUUUAAUGUUUUUUUAAGUUUCUUUGUUUAA